AGAAUGACACCACAGAGCGCCUGUGCGGCGUUUCAGUCUUGCCGAUCAAACCACGCCAUUCAACAUACACUGAAACAUGGACGUGAAUUGAGACCUUACUAGAGAAGUGUACUGCUACAGAAUAUAUAGAGUAGCCAUGGACCCCCGCCACAGUGCUCAAGAUGUCGUCCGAUGUGACCUUUGUGAGACAGCUAUAGUACAGAUGUACUGUGAUUUCUGCCACGUCAACCUGUGCUUUGCCUGUAUAGGAAAACACAUUGCUGAUGACUAUGACAAACACAAAGUUGUCCCAUUCCAAAAUCGAAAAUCAACCUUGGUAUAUCCAAAGUGUAGUACACAUCAAAAUAAGGUCUGUGAAUUUCAUUGCAAGGAAUGUGACAUCUUUGUCUGUUCAUUGUGUAAUGAUAAUCUGUUGUCCUCUGAUAAACAUAAGGGUCAUACAUUUUCAAUUCUUUCUGAAAUCUACAAUGAAAGAAAAGUAGACAUUACAAAAGAUUCAGAGGAGAUAGAAAACAUUAUUUCUCCAACAUAUGAAGAAAUGGCCACUGAUUUAAAAACUCAGAUAACCAACUUGGAUGGAGAAUAUGUGAAAUUCACAACAGUAGUUACAAAACAUGGAGAGGAAUGGCACAAAGAAAUUGACAAUGUCAUCAACAAAAUCAAAAAUGAAAUAGAAGAGAUGAAAAUCAAACACCUGGAAAUUCUAAAGAAACAUUUGGAUGAAAUCAAGCAGAUACAGUCCCUUAUUGAGCAAUCACUGAUUACUCUGAAAGAAAUGGAGGAAUCCAAUGAAGUGUCUGUGACCAUGGAAUACAGAUCCAAAAACAAAGAAUUCAGAAAACUUCCUCCCAAAGUCCGAGUCUCACUGCCUACAUUUAGUCCAAACACGAUAGACAGUGAACAGCUUUACAAGUCACUGGGAUUUUUGAUACCAUUAUCAUUUACCACAGAUGAAAAUGGCUACACACUGAAGAAAGCAGAAACCUCACCCAAAGAACUGAUGGAUGAACCAGAGCUUGUCACUACAAUAAAUACUGGGUAUAAAAACCUCCACAGUGUUGCCUGUCUGAGUGAAGAAGAAUUCUGGAUAAGUGCAUUACUCAGUGAUAUGAAAUGCUUUAAUGUUCAAGGUACAGUUAUCAAUACAAUCAAAACAAAAUCAGGGAAAUGCCCACGUGAUAUAGCAGUGACAAGUGAUGGUGAUCUAGUGUACUGUGAUAGGAUAACAAAGACUGUGAAUAAAGUGAAGAGUGGACAGACAGAGGAGGUGAUCAGACUACAGGGCUGGAUACCCAUCCAACUCUGUGUCACCUCCUCUGGUGAUCUCCUGGUUACCAUGUACAGUGAUGAUAAAACACAAUGCAAAAUUGUCCGUUAUUCGGGUUCCACAGAGAAACAAACAAUCCAGUAUGAUGAUGAGGGUAAGCCUCUAUAUUCAGGAAAUGCUAUAAUUAAAUACAUCAGUGAGAACAGAAACCUGGAUAUCUGUGUGGCUGACAAUGGAGCUGGUGCAGUAGUGGUGGUCGAUCAGGCUGGAAAACUCCGAUUCAAAUACACUGGUCAUUCUUCUACUACCAAAAAGAAAGCAUUCAUACCCCGGGGAAUCACAACAGACAGUCAGAGUCAGAUCCUGACAGUGGACCGCGAUAACCACUGUAUCCACAUCUUGGACCAGAAUGGACAGUUCCUCCGCUAUAUAGAUAACUGUGAUCUGAAGUAUUCAUACGGUUUAUGUGUGGACAAAAGUGACAACUUGUUUGUUGCUGAGUGUUAUAGUGGAAAUGUGAAGAAAAUCAAAUAUCUACAAUAAAUACUUUGAUUCAUAUUCAUGUUAGAGACACAAUGUUCAAAUUUCUUAUGGAGCUAAAACCUACUUUUUAAAAAACCUACAUGGAAUAUACAGACGCUGGGAUAUAUCCAUCAGGCUAUUCUCUCCACUUCAGGCUCUAGGAUGUACAUGUGACGUUUCUCAAUAAUAUAUAAUUUUUCGUGACAUUUAAUCAUUUUACUUGCAAUUCACUUGCAUUCUAUCUUUUCUACAAAACCUCACAUUACAUGUUUGUUUUAGAGUUAACAUAUUGUGAUAGUUCUGAUUGUUGCAAGUAUUAAAAUAUAAGGUUAAAAUACAUGUAUCAUAUCACUACAAUAUAAUCUAUUUUUAGAUUUAGGACUCUAGAAGAUACUUUUAGAGGAAAUGUUGCGCAUGUCCCCAGGUUCCAUCAUUUGAAGUUUUAAAAAAAAGAAACCCGAAUCCCUGGAACUUUGGAAUGUUUGCAUAUCAACACGAAAAUAAUUUUUCUUUAAAUUUAACUUUGUCAGAUACUUUUAUAUUGUGCAAAAUGUUUACCUUCUGAAACACAACAAAUAAAAAUUCCUGUUGAUA